AUGUCAGUCGUCAUGAUUACACUCUUUUUUGUCGCUCUAUCAAAGAAUCUUCUUGUCAACUGUCAAGUCAUUUGCACCAAUGAAGCUUCCUUUAAUGAGAAAGUAAUAUGCUUUGAUCUCGAUAAAGGUCGCUUUAUUGAUCCGAAAAUUGGCCGAAAUUCGAUAUAUGAUAUGGAAGUUAAUCUUAAACAGCAAGAAAUCUCACUAGGCCAAGGUCGAAGGAAACCGCAAGCAUGUCGAGGCUACAAUUUUUACCGUCGCUGUCAAAAGAAGUACGCAACGCAUUUGGGAAGGUUAGAGUGUCGAUACGCAAGAUGCUCCGUAUGCAUUACGAAACACUUACAUCCGGAUUGUCCCUUCUGUCACGCAGAUAAAUCGGUGUUUUGUCCGGCUGUCGAAACAUGCUCUUGCCCUUGGAAAGCUGGCUACGGUAUCUGGGAUUCCUGUAGACGACAAAUCAAUAGUCGGUGCUAUGGUACUUCAGAACUGUUCUAA